UGACUAUUGUAAAGUUUUCAUUAAUUCUUUCAUCAGAUUUUAGAUAUUCAUUUUCUGUAUUCAAACAAGUUUUUUCCUUAGAAAAUUAUUACCACUUUCAAUAUGGCGAAGUUUCGCAAGAAAUUAAAAUCUAAAGGUAAACGAUGGGUAAAAGGACAGAGUUCUGUCACAAAUCCAGAUUCAAAAAAAUAUCGUUCUCAAGCCCAAAUGAAUUUUUGCAAGCCAAUGUUUGGUAAGGUACUUUAAUUUAUAUAAAGGUUCAUUAUAAUAUGAAAAAAAUUAUUAUGCUUUAAUCCAGGAGGAAUUUCUGUCAAUGAAGGACAUAAUGCAUUAACACAAAACAAAUUAAAACAACAUGAUAAUAUUAUGAAUAGUGAUGACUCUAAUAAAUCUAAACCAGAUGAUGUUAUAUCUCAAAAUUCGGGUGCAUCAUAUAAAACAUUUGAGACAUUUGCCUCUGAUUGGAGCUCAUGUACCAACCCGUCUUUUAAUAGGUAAAUACUAAAUGGUACCUAAUAUAUAAAAACAAAACUACUACAAAUCUUGUAAAGAAUAUUAUGACCAAGAUAAUACUUUAUUAUUGGAACUGCAAUUAUUUAAAUACUGUAAGAAGUCAAUUUUUUUGAAGAAAAUUUUAUUAAUAGUUUGCUAUCAUUAAAAAAUAACUAUACUCCAUUGAUCGAGAAAAUGCAUCUGGUUUCAAAUAUUUUUUCACUCAUCGGUAGUUACGUGGUAGGAGUUUGACUACGAAAUGAAGGAAAUCAUUCAUUUGGACGCGCGAAAAAAAUACAAUUUCUUGUUAGAUGGAGUAUAGGUACCCAUAAUACAUUAUUUAAAAAUAGUAAAACUAAAUGUAUUUUGAAUUAUGUGGGAGGGGGGAAGUGAAAUAUCAAUUUCCAGGAAUGUCUUAUAAUUUAAGCUAUUUUUUUUGAAAAAAUCUUGGAUAUUUCUAUAAUAAUUUUUCUAAAGACUAAAAUGGAUGUAUUAGAAAAUUAUAGUAGGCAGUGAUAAUUAAUCCGAUUAAUAAUGAUCAGAAAGUUCUUCAGUGUGUAUGUAUUUAUUUUUAAACAAAUUAUUAUAGGUUAUUAAGAAACUUUAGUUCAAAUUCUUCAUUGCACAAAGAAAUGUUAGCUAUUCUUGCUGCACUUACUGAAGUAAUCCAAGUUAAUGGUGGUAAAGAAACAUCUACUGAGUAUUUUGCUGCACUUGUAAGUAGAAGUUUAUUAUUUUUCCUUAUUUGCUAAAAUUAAUGUUUAAUCAAUUUACUUUAAGAUAACUACUUUGCAAACAACAUUAACUAAUGGACAAGAUGAUUGUGAGGAAAGUAUAACAGCUAUGGUUUCAUUAUUAAGUAUGGGAAUAAAAUGUGUUCCUAAAGAAGUUCUAUGUGCUAAAUUUGGACCAACUACACAAAUUUUAUUAUCAACACUUGCAAAAUUUGCUGAAUCUGAUAAUAAUAAUUUAUUAAAAUCUGUGAGCAUUUAUCAAUUUUUUUAGUUUAUAAUUUGUAUAAUAUAAUAUUUUAUCUAGGUAUUUAGUUGUUUAUCUUUGGUACUUCGUGUUCAAGAAAAAAUUGUUUGGUCUCAUAGUUCAACUGUCCAAGUGUUUGAUGCAAUAUUAAAUUUUGUUGUACAUUCAAAACCUAAGGUUAGUAAAAAUUAUUAAAAUAUCAGACAUAAAUUAUAAAAAGGUAAUCUAUGAACAUUUUAAGUAAAUUUUAUAUGAAUUUUUCUAAAAAAAAAAAAAAAAAUGUAAAUAUUAACUUGAAAUUUUAUAAAUUAGGCCUACUAUUUUGUAAACCAAUGUUAAAUAUUAUAAAUUAUUCUGUUUUAUUGAAAUUAAUACAAAUCAAAAUUACUUAAAAUGUUCAUGGUUAUGGUUUAUUAUGCUAUUAAAUGAUUGAACAAAUUGUAAAAUUAUUAUACAUAUUUAAUUUCAAAAGAUUCGUAAAGCUGCUCAACACUCAGUAUGUGCUAUAUUAAAAAGUAACAAGGAUUUUAUGCAUCCAAUGGCUGGUUAUACUGCUUCUUAUUGUACUAAAGUGUUGACUUCAAGUACAACUAGUAAUACAACAACUAUUCUUCAUAUUUUAACUUUAUUAAAAGAGUUAAUGCCUGUUUUCCCUAAAAAAGAACUUAAAGUAAUUAAUUGAUUAAAUUAUUAUUGAAGUAUAAUUAAAUUUGAUAUAACUAUAAUUAUAUAUUUAAAUUUUUAGCCUCUCUGUGAAGAAAUUUUAAAACUUAUGACUUUAAAUCAUCCGUUAUUGCUUUCUUGUGGAUUCCAAGUUUUUCAUGGAUUAUUUGCUUCAUAUCCGUCAUCAGAAUUUAUCCUUACAUCUACAUUAAAUGCUAAAUUAUUAAUUGCUCUUUUUGAUUAUCGUCCUACAUCAAUUGAUACACAACCAACUUUAGCUUGGUUAACUGUACAAAAAGAAGCUUACAUUUGCUUAUCGAAGUAAAGUACAUUAUUAUUAUUAUUAUUUUAAUUUUAAUUAUUGAAUACUUAAUAGUUAUAAUUUAAAUAUUUGUUAUUUUAUAUAGAAGUGAUUUAUCAUUAUGCAUAUCACAUUUAAAAAAAGUAUUUAAAAUAUGUAUUGAACUUUGGAUUACUGGAAAUCCAGAAUGUAUAAAAGCAUCUGGCUCAACACUACGUAUUCUUAUCGAAGAUUGUAUUGGACAAGCUACUGAUUUAACUUACCACCCAUGUAUUUCUGGUCUAUUCAAUUUAGUAACCCAAUGUUUAUCAUAUAAGUAUAAAAAUGCUUGUCCUCAAGUUCUACACACACUAUCUACAUUUUUUAAGGUAAACAUUAUUUUACUUCUAGUUUUUUUUUUUUUUAUAGACAGAUCAUGAAUAGUAUUUAUUUUAAAAUAUAUGUUUUCCACGUUUUUAAAAUAAUUGUAUAUCAGCAAAAAUACUUAUUAUGUUAAAUUAAUAAAAAUACUGAAAAAUAGGAAAAGUAGUUUUAAAGUUAUUCAUUGUUUUAUCAUCAUUUUAAAAUUUAAAAUAAUUUCUUGUGGUUCGUGAAAGACCAAUUUUAUUUAAUAAUUAAAUGCAUCCUUUAUACAGGUUUAUGGAAACUGUGCACCAAAUAUAUUCUUAGAAUGUGUAAAAUCAUUGGGCCAACUUAGAGAUUCCAAUGAAAUUACGUUUGUUAAUGAAUUAGAAAUGACAAUUGGAGCAGCUAUCAAGUAUAUUGGGCCUGAAUAUAUAAUUUCAGAUCAAAUUAUUCCAUUAAAGGUAUUUUUAAAGUAAAAUAUUAUCGAUAAAUAGACCAUUGGUAUUAAUUGUACACAUGGCAAAUCUAUACAUUAAUACUAAAUUCAUGACCCUUGGAGAAUCUAAAAAUGUGUCCUAUAUAGAACAGUUUUUUUAUUUAUACAUUAGUUUUAUUUUUUAUAUAUAUAAUGUUAUUGGUAUUGAUUAUACAUAUAAUACAGUUAUUGUUAUGCAUUAGUAUCCCAAUUAGCUAAUCAAUUAUUUUGUUGCUAAAUGCUGUUUGUGAUUAUCAUAACUAAGCAUUAUUCAGAAAAACGUUUCGGCAGUAAAGACAAAUUAUGAGUAGUGUGAGUUAAAACGGAACCAGACAGAUACCUUGUAGAAUUCUAGAUCGAAAUGUUGCAUGUAACAGUUUGUAAGUUUAUCAAAGGUUUAACAAACCUAACUUUGGAGAAUUUCAGAAUUUGACAUAAAAUUCAGAAUGACUUAACAAAUCAAGAAAGCAUAUAAAAAAAGUGUUAUUGUGGUCUUAAACAACAUAUUUAAAAUAUAUAUAACAAAAAUUAUUUGUAAGAUAUUAAUUUAAUGUUUUUUUGUCUUUAAUAAAUAUUUCAAUUAUUUUGUUUGAUGCAAUAAAAUAGAGAAAUAUUCUCAGGUUAUGUGUACUAAAAUAUGUCAACAUUCAUUUUUAAAUUUCCACAAGCUUUAUUAAAAUUAAUUUUAAGUGUAAACUAUUUAUUUUAUUUUUUUAAACAUUAAAAAAAAUAAACCAAUGAAUAAUGUUGACUAGGUCAAUUUAUAACAAUAUUUGGAUAAUAUAAUACUUAAUAGUUUGAAUAGAAAUUGCAAUAGGAUACAAUUUAAAUAUAUUUUCUUUUUAGGUUGAUGAUGUUGGAGAAUUUAAACGCAGUUGGUUAUUACCUGUUUUAAAAAAUAGCAUUUCAAACUCAACUCUUAAAUGUUUUAUAAACCAAUUUUUGCCUUUAGCAUUGAAAUGUCGGUAAGUAGAAAAAUCCUAAUUUUAUAAAAUAUUUAAAAUUUUAAAAUUGUCUUCUUUCUUAUUUUAGAGAAAUGUAUGAAAAAGCUUUAAUUUCUAAUGACAAAAUUUCUGGCAUUAGUUAUGAUCUUCUUGAAUCUCAAAUAUGGUCCUUAUUAGUUAGUUUUUGUUCUAAUCCAUCAGAUAUAUCUACAUCAUUUCAGGUAAGAUAAAUUUAUUUAUAAAAUAAAUUGUUUUAAUUAUUUAAUUUUCAAAUAUAUUUAUACAACUUGUCAUAAAAACAAAAACCUUACCUAAUUUAUGUUUUGAUAACUAAAACUAAGCUAUUAUCAAUAAAAUUUAUAAAUUACAUUAAUUGAAGUAGUCCUUCCCCUUUUAUUUCUAUUCUAUCUAAUGAUCAUUCAAAUUGUAAUUUAUUUAUAUUGUGUAAACUAUUUUAUAGGAUUACCUUUGUUUUUAAAUUAAUAAAUAUAUUUUAACUAAUCAUAAUAUGUUUUAGAAUAUUGCCAAAACUAUGGGUGUUAUUUUAAGUUCUCGUAAAGAGUUACGAGAUACAAUUCUUUUGUCAUUAAGAAAACUUAUUGAUUCGACAUCUAAAAAUGAUGAGCCUUUAUCUAACGAUAAAAAACAGUUGGCUCAUUUUGCUAAAAAUUUUUUGCCUAUUUGUUUUAAUGUAUAUACUAAUCCUGUUUGUGGCACAGAUGAAGAAGCUACAAAGUUUUCUGCUUUGGAAACAAUUAAAGUAAUUUAACUAAAAAUAAAAAGUUGUUUAAUAAUUCUAAAUAAUUACAUUAUUUUCUUUAUGUACUAUUAAAGAUGUAUUUGACUAUAUGUGAUGAUAACUUGAAAGAAAAAUUAUUUAACAAAUGUUGUGGUAUGCUGGACGAUUCUAAAAAUGCAGAACCCAUAGUGCUAGAAAGCAUUCUUGAUAUUAUUAGAGUAUUAGUUCCUUAUCAAUCUGUUGAGACACUAAAAACCUUUUAUGAUACUCGAAUUUUUCCAGCUAUGUAUUUAAAAAAUUUUAAAGAAGAAAAAAAAUAUUUCAGGUAAUACUGAUAUCAUUAAAAUAAACCUAUAUUAUUCGUUUUUGUACUAAAAUUUUUUUUUCAUUAGAAUUUUAGAAGAAAUAAGUAGUUCUAAAACACCAACAUGUAAUACAUUUGUGAAAGAAAAUGUAAAAUCAAUACAAAGUUUCUUAUCAUCUACAGCUAAAUGUUCUGCAGCUACAAGUCGUGGAGUAAGUGUUUAAUGUUGGUAAUACAUUUUUAAAAAAAUAAUUAGCAUAUUAUAAACUAUUUCAUAUUAUUUUUAGCCUAGAUUGCGUUGUCUAGCCCACCUCUUGGACAAUAUUGAUCAAAAAAUUUUAAUGAAAAUUAUUUUGGCUCAUUUACCUGAAGCUGUACUUUGUUGUAAAGGUUCCACUGUAAAUAAGCGAUGCCGUGAAUGUGCUUUUUCAUUAAUCAACAAAAUGGCACUGUUAGUUAUUAAAACUAAUAAAAACUUUGAUGAAUUUUUAACUGCUCUCUCAGCUGGUUUAGAUGGUUCUGUCCAAAUGAUAAGUUGCACUAUUUUAGCGUUAGCUUCAGUUCUUCAUAAUUUUAAAAGUAUAUACCAUUCAAACUUAAAUAUAUUUAAUAAGCUAUUAAGUAUAUUGUUUUUAUUUCAGGUGAAAUUAACCCAUCUCAAUUUGAAGUAAUUUUAAGUAAUGUUUGUUUACUUUUGACAACUAGUACUAGACAAAUUGUAAGCUGUGCUUUAAGUUUCAUCAAAGUGAUAACUUCAUCAUUUUACAAUAAGUUAUUACCCUAUCUUUCAAAAGUAGUAUGUAUUAUUAUGACUAGUGAUUAUAAAAUAUUUGAAUUUCUAAAUAUUAAUGAAUUACACCAAUAUUCAUAAAUUGUGUUUAUUAUUUUGAUUUUUGCAUUUAGGUCAUUUCUCUUACCGAUAUGAGAGAUGAUUGUAAAAGAAAAUUUCGUCAGGAAACUAAAAAUAUCUACCAGAGACUAGUGCGUAAGUUUGGGAGUCAAGAUAUUAUCAAAUUUGUUCCGAAUACUGAUCUUCAAACACAUGUACGCUUACGAGCCAUAAUUAAAAACUCUGAACGACUGAAGAAAAAAGAUAAAACAAAAAAAAAAGCAAAUAAUGAUAAAUUUGAGAUUGAUCCCAGUUUUAAAAUAAAACCUAAAACGUGUGUCCAUAAUUUAUUUUUAUAUUUAUUUUUAUAAAUCAUUAAUAAUAAUGUCCCUACAUUAGUUUUGAAGAGAUAUUAGCUGAAUGCGAGGAAGAUGACAAUACAUUGGAACCUAAUUCAAAUAGAAAACACCAAACCAACCAAGAAAAGGGUAGAAAACAAAAAUUGGUUAAAAAUUAUUUACAUGAGAGUGAAGAUGAUAUAUUAGAUUUUACUGAAUCUUCAACAAAUAGGAACAUUCUGUGUAAGAUUUAAUUUGCAUUUAAUUUAUCUUUUAUUUCGUAUUACUAAUAGCAAAUAAUAUUAUAGUGUCAAAACCUAUAAAUGAACAAUUUAAAAGUGGACUUAGGCAAUCCAAAGCUGAUGAUGGUAUAAAAACUGCUCCAGAUGGUCGGCUGAUUAUAGUUGAUGAUAAUUUAAAACCACUGCCAAAGUCUAGUGAGUCCAUUUUUGCGUAAACUACUAUUUUAAUAUAGUAAAAAUAUGUGUUUGUGCUGGUGGGUGCGUAUAAUAUACUACUAAAUUUAUCUGAUAAGAUUCAAGUACACAAUAAUUUGGAUUUCAUCCCAAAAAUAAUUGCUCAUAAUUGAAUUUCGUUCUCAUAAUAUGAAAAAAAUUAGUGCUAAAUUUACCUCAUUGUUAUGGCAAUAUUGUUUAAAAUGAUACUCACAACAUGGAUGACCAUGUGAGAAAUUGGGAAGGUAAAAGGGAAAUUGUAUGUAUGUAUAGAUGAACAUAAAAAUUAAGUAGUAUUUACAAUUUAAAAAUUACAAAUUUCAUCAAGGUUCUUGUUUUUUCCCCUAACCAAAACAUGACUUUUAAAUACUACCCCAGUAAGAUUUCCUUUCAGAAAAAUUACUACACUUAAAAAUCAGAAAAAUAUUCUGGUGUAAAAUUUGUUCAUAGAAAAAAAACUAUCAUUAUAAAACCAAGACAUUCAUUUCACUGCGUAGAAUCUAAAAUUAAAAUUAUAUUUUUUGAUUGCCUUUUCUUGGUUUACGUGGAUAUAAAGCAAAACAAUUAUUUAAUUUGGUUAUCAUGUGCAAGAUAAAAGUUUUUUUUAUUUUAAAUAAAACAUUUGUUCUCUAAUAAAUCAAACGGGGUCUUUUUAAUUAAUCUUAAACCAUUGGCUUUUAAAUUGUCACUUAAGUUAGUGGGGCUAUUUUUAUUUUUACUUUAUUUUUGUUUCCUAGCAGGUAUUGAUGAUGACAAUAUUGUACAUAAUGACAGUGAUGAUGAAAUGCCAUCAAAAAAACGAAUAAAAUAUACACGUAUGUACAAUUUAAGGUAUUUAUAAUUCAUCAAAUAAUAAUUAAAAAUUUGCAUUUCAGCUGGUGGUAAAGGUAUUCAUCGGCCAAUUGAUAAUAUUUCAGUAAAAGGAAAAAAAAAUAAACAAACCAAAAAAAGUACAUCAAUGACCGAAACUCGUGGAUUUAAUAAUAAAGCUAAGGGAAAAAAAACUCGUGGAAAUAUUCGGCCAUUCUCUUACACUGCUUUUAAAGAUUAUAGUGCUUCAAAUAAAACGAAAAGAAAAAGAAUUUAAAAUAUUUAUAUACAAUUCACUUUUUGUUUUAUUUUAUUAUUUAUGAUUAUAAUAAUAUAUAAUACACACAUUAUAUAAAUAUUUUGUCAUA